ACUCUAAAAGUACCGGCAAAAACAAACUCAUGCGCUCGGCUACAGCAUUUACUCAAAACAGGUGAAAGUUUUUGUACGAAAGAUGCGGAUAAAAUAAAAGAAUAAUUCAUCUAGAAAGUCCUUCGUGAACUGUUCCAUCCGGCCUGGCAUUUGCAUAAAAUUAAGAAUUAUUGGACUGUACGAUAUCUCAUCAGAGAGGAGGUCACAUCGGACAAUGUUUGUCCCCACACCCCAAGCAAUCGCUCUCAUAUUUCACAAAAUUAUAUUGGACUUCCAGUUGGCAUGAAAGCAAGCAGUGACAGGACGCGUCCAUACGAACCUUUGGUCGCAUCACGCAUUCAUCUCAGCCAUUAUUAAAGACGAAGCGUGCAGAUUUCCAUUUGACAUUAUAUUUGAGAAGGCGGAAUUUAAAGAUAACAUUAGUCUUGCAUGAAAAUUAUCAUCACUCUUGUUUAUCGGAGAACCGUCCAAUACAAAUGGUUACUUCGGUGCUCUGGUAGAGUUUGCAUCUUUCCGUUUGCUUGUCCAGUUUAAAUGACAUCAAUCGCUCUGUGACCAAAGUUUGAUGAUCGGGAGUUGAAUUUGACUGUGAAAUGACCUCGAGUAAAGCUGCGAGUCUCUUGGGAGUAAUCGCCCUUGUCUGGGUUAAUGAAUAGAGCUUAAGAUUGGAGACAACAGAUUUUUUUAAAAUGGCGGACCACGAGUUGGAAGAAUUGGACGAGGAAGACGACAAUGUUUAUGAGUUGAUGAUCGAGUUGAGGCGGAGCGAGCCAGAUCACAGAGAUGCAGUUCAGAAGAAAACUUUCACAAAGUGGGUGAACAACCAUCUUCAGAAAGUUAAUGUACGAAUUUUGGAUCUUUAUGAGGAACUAAGAGAUGGAACCAAUCUGUUAUUACUACUAGAGCUUCUUUGUAAGAUCAACUUGCCAAGAGAAAGAGGACAGUUAAGAUUUCACAGACUUCAGAAUGUUCAGACUGCUUUGGAAUUUCUUCAGUCACAGCAGGUGAAACUGGUUAACAUUCGAAGUGAGGACAUUGUGGAUGGUAAUCCCAAGCUCACCCUAGGGCUGAUAUGGACAAUUAUCUUACACUACCAGAUUUCAGAGGUGGAGGUAGUGGGAAAGCAGGAGCAGAUGACAGCUAAAGAUGCACUUCUUCUGUGGGCAAAGAAAGUGACUCAGGGUUAUCCUUCAGUUGAUGUUGGGAACUUUACAACUUCAUGGAAAGAUGGAUUGGCUUUCAAUGCAAUUAUCCACAGAUACAGGCCAGAUCUUGUGGACUUCUCCAAGUUGAGUAAAGCAAGCCCUGAUCAAAACCUGGAGUACUCAUUUCAUGUGGCUGAAAAGGAACUUGGUGUUCCCAGACUCCUAGAUGUGGAAGAUCUUGCAAAUACAGAACAACCAGAUGAAAAAUCCAUCAUGACAUACGUAUCUUCUUUGUAUGAAGUAUUUCCAAAAGAGCCAACUGUACAAGAGUCAUUGCAGGAUAAUGAAAAGCUUUUCAAAUUUGAAGAAUAUUGCAACUUGGCAAAAGCUCUUGUUGUGGAGAUCAACAGAGUGGAGCAGAGAAUGGAGAAACAGAGAUUCCCAAAGACCAUCCAUGGAAUAAAGGAGCUCAUAGUUGAUCACAACCGCUACCGUAUAAGUGAAUUUCCUGAGAUGGAAGCCUCAAGAUAUUCCUUAAAAAUGGUAUUUCGUGAACUACAGGCACUGUAUGGCCCGAUGGCAACUUGGUUGGAGUUUCCUUUUGAAUGUAGUCCCAGGGAAUUGGAAGUGUCAUGGACUAAGCUUGUAGAGACCCAGGACAACUACAACAAAUCCCUGAGAAUUGAGCUUACCAGGCUUGAGCAGAUGCAUCAAGUGGCAGAAAAAAUCCAAAAGGAGGCAACUCUUGUUGAUGCUUCACUAGAUGACAUUGAAGAAAGAAUCAAAUCAGAAGAGGAAGUCGGCGAUACAAUUGAUAGCGAGACACGCCGAAAGCAUUUCUACCAAAUUGAAAAGUCCCUUGUGAUGUUUGAGUCCAGUAUUAAGCACAUGUUAUCUGGUGUGGACAUUCUUGUCGCUGGCCGCUACUCUAGAGCUGAUGAAAUGAGAAUUAAAAUUCAGUCCAUUGAAAGGCGCUGGUCUGAGAUGAAGGAUCGAUUGGAAGCUCGUUCCACAAAAGUACUCACUUACCAGACUUUCAGCACGACCGACGGCAAGAAAAUGAAACUGGAAUUACCUGUGGAGAAAACUGUGGUGUCUACAGAGGAAACAACGCCCAGCAUAGAAGACUUUGAAGAGGUUACGACAAGAAGAAAGGUCAUCACCAUCACAAAGAGGACUUACCGCUCCUCAGGGGGUACCCCCACAGAAACAAGGACAACUGUUGCUCGGAUCAUGUCCGCAGAGGGGUUAAAUGACGACGGAAGCGACAAUACAACCUCGACACAAGGCCGCAUGCGAGUGAGGAUGAAGUUUGCAGAACUGGAUGGAUCUGGGGAUAAAUCGCAGCGAUUGGAUGCAAUGUUAGCUUGGAUAAGAGAGACAAAGGAGGCCAUCGAAAAGGAAGACUUUGGUCUGGAUUUACCAUCUGCGCAGAGACACCAACAAAACCAUCAUGCGCAACACGAUGCUGUGCUUGCCUUCAAAGACGAACUUGAUAAACUUAAACAACUUGAGGCUGAAGACAGAAGUCUUCGGGAGAAGAUCAUAGAAAUACAUGAAGAAUACGCUGCUCUUGUGAAGAGUUCUGUGAAUCGCAUCAAUUACCUGAAGAGUCUUGUGGAGUUUAUGAGCGAAGCCACCAAAGAGUUGAUAUGGAUGAACCAAAGAGAAGAGCCUGAGGUGUCACGUGACUGGUCCAUCACAGAUCUCGACAUUGAAGAUCUUCAAGCGCAUGGAGAGAAUCUUGAAUUUGAUGUUCGAGACAGAGAGCCUCACUGCAAUAUGCUGCUUACUAAAGGAGAGAACCUGAUGCAGAGUGGGCACCCUGCGCCAGGACCAAUUGAGGCGUACCUGAAUGCCAUGCGCAGUCAGUGGUGGUGGCUUAACCAACUUCUCGUCGCCUUCCGCCAGCACGUCAGGAAUGCAGAGAUGUAUCAACAGUAUUUCCAAGACGCACAUACCACAGAGAAAAAGAUGGUUCAUUUGGUCGAUCGACUGAACAGUGAAUAUGACGUACAAAACAUACCGUCACGUGACGCAGCUGAACAAGCUCUCAACAAUCUGACGGAAAUGAAGCAAGAACUUGUUGACUUCAAAGAUGUCAUUAGCUCCUUGCAACUUCUGAGUAAAAAGGUGGUUCCUCUGCCACAAAGAAAAUCUAAAUUAAAGAGCAAACUUUUGGUUGAUCCAGUGUGCAGUUACAAGAAUAUGCAGAAUAUUGUCAACAAAGGUGAAGAAUGUCUACUCCUGGAUAAUUCUGAACAUCAUUCUUGGAAAGUUACAAAUGCCAGUGGUAGACAGUGUGAAGUUCCAUCCGUUUGUUUCGUUAUUCCUGCUCCAGAUGUUGAGGCCACAGAAUUUUCAACCAGGUUAGAAAUUCAGUAUAAACAUUUACUGACACUGUGGAGAACAAGACACUGGAAUUUAAAGCAAGCCCUUAGCAAAGAACAAGUUUUUACACAAGUAAAGGUUAUUAAAUCCACUUCUCCUGAGAAGGGCAAGAUGCCACUUCUGGUAGGAUCAAAAGAUGUUGAACAGUUAUUGAAAGAUAUCCAAAUGCCUGAUAACCAGGAAAUAGCAGGCAUCACAGAACGGCUAGAACCAGCUUCUGUGUCAUUAAAUGAAAGUGCUAUAGAACCAGAGACCAUGUUUGAAACACAAACUGUGCCGACGCUUGAUAAGCAAAGUGCUCAGAGCACUCUAAAUGAUCUAAUUGCGUGGGUCAACAGAGCUGAGGAAGUUUUGAAAACAAAGUCACUUGAGACUCUAAACCAAAGAAGCCUGUCUAGCACUCUUCAGCAAGUUGAGAAAUUGCAAGAGGAGCAGAAACAAAGAACACCGCAGUACGACUCCUUGACACAAUCUGUGGUGACUCAGAUGGAUCCUCAACUACAGAGUAAAUUAGGUUUACUGUCGGAAAAAUGGAAACACGUUAAGAAAGAUGCAAACAUUUGGCACAAAAUGCUUGUGUUUUUGCUGAACAUCGCUGAACUGGUGACAGAUCUUGAAAACAGUUUGCGACGCGUCGAAGUGAUUCUUAUUCAACAGCCGGGACUCACUGCUAACUUGAAGGACAUUCAACAUCAGACAAAAGUGAUACAGGAAGUACUCCAGACCGAAAUAGAACCGAGAAAGGACAAAAUUGACGACAUUCGAAGAUCACUGCCCGACUUAAAGGAAUUUGAAAAGGCUAGAGUCCAGGCCGUUCUCGAGAGAUGGCAAGCGGCUCUGAACGAGAUUGAUAACCGUCUCGGGGGCCUGGUGAAAGCUGAACACAAACUGGAGCAGUUUCAAGCUGGGUUGCAAAGUGAAUUGGACUGGUUGAACAGAGUCGAGGAGAAAGUCCAAGACCGGGGCUGGAAUACCGACCCUAGUAAUGCUGAAAGUGUUAUGGAGGAACUCACGUCCCUAUACACGGAUAUACGAAGCCAGCAAGUACCAAUCAAAACACUCUGUACUGUUGGACAUGAAUACUCAGACGAAUCACAGAUGUGGGAAAGGAACCUUGAGGAGUACCGUCAUAGCCUGCAUCACUUACCAGAGUCCAGAGAAGCUAUCAACCCCCUCUUGGAAAGUGCCCAGAAGGGCCGAGAAGAAAUAAUUUCAUCCCUGAUGAGCAUGAACGCUCGAUACGAAAAACUCUUGAAUGAAGUGCAGUUUGCCAUGGAGAACCUUGUGGAGACCUUGAAAAGACACGGAAAAGAACACAAAGAAGUUGAAGAGGCGUGCUUACAGUGGUGUUCCUCGAUACAGCACUUACUUGAUUGGCUGUCCGACACAGAGAAAAUCCUGCUAACGCAAUCGGCCUCCCCCGCAGAAGUCAAAGAAUUAGAAGAACAAAUUGAAGAACAGAAGAGAUUUACCAAGGCAGUAUAUGAAAGGAAGAAACCAGUGGAAGUUAUGCUCGAGCAGAGCAAGCAGUUCUUGAAAGGCAGCGGUCAGCUUCUAUCGCCCACGAAGAAAGCCGAACUUGACUCGAAGAUGAGCAUAUUGGAAGCGAGGUGGGGACGACUGCAAGCCGAGCUCGACAAUCGGUACAUGAGACUUGUGAGGAUCCACGAAAAGCUAACGAAUUUUGAAGAAUUGCUACAUCCUUUCUUGGCUUGGCUCAAGAAAGCAGAGGAUCAGGCCAGUGCUAUUCUUCUCGAUGCCAAAAAUAUCCAAAGAGCACAGGACAAACUUCUCAUUCACAAGCAUUUUGUCGACGACGUGAAAGAUCACGAACGUGACUUAAAGGAGGUGAACCAGAGUGGCGAGGACUUCCUACACGAAGCAAAGGUUUUCCACGCAGAGCUCGAGCGUUCUGUUGCCACAUUAGAAUCCGCAGACGUUACAUCGCCCGCGCAAGUUAGUAUAGCGGUCCCUAAUGAAAAGUCCUGGGUACUAGAGAACAAGCUUGCCGAUAUUAACGAGCGCUACAGCAGGCUUCUUUUGCUGAUUAGUGAACAAGGAACUAUCUUAGACCGAUCAUGGCGGCAAUUGCGUGAGUAUGACAGUCAAGCCACACAAGUGAUACCUUGGUUGAACAAAGCAGAGGACACAUUAGCCCGGUACAUGGCGCAUCCUGUGAAGUCGGAUCCAACAGCUAUUAAACAGCAAAUCACAGAACUUAAGGUUCUGCAGACAGAGGUCAAUUUACAUCAGGCGGAGAUCGUAGCUGUAGGUGUACUCGGCCACAGUGUCCAAGGACUGAUUCGAACGCCUGAGUUUGAACGAGGGAAGACGAUAAGCCAACGAUAUGAUGAGUUGUGUGCCAACAUCAAUGUCUACCAGGAAAAAUUGCAGGCAGCGCUCACCACCUCACAGAACUUCAAGGAUGGAUUAGAGGUUGCGAUCAAGGCUCUAACUGAACUUAAGAAACAACUUGACAAAGUUCCACCCGUGUCACGCAAUUUGAUUGAACUCAGGAACCAGGCUCAGCAGUUUAAGAUUCUUCAGGUAGAAGUCAACCGCAAUGGAACAUCUGUAGAAGCUCUGAACGACAUGUUCAACUCACAAAAGAAGAAGCAGAAAGAAUCCAAAUUAAAACAGCUCAACAAGCUCUGGGUUGAAGUACUGGAAAGAUCUGACAAUCGAAAGGAAGAACUCAAGAGUGUGUUUAUCAUGAUCGCAACAGACUUUGAACGCUGGGAACUGGGUAUGAUCAAGAGGCUUGACUCCGGCGAACUGGUGACCAGUGAUAUCCUGGUGUUUGAAGAAAAGUUACAGCAUUUCCAAGACGAAGUAGAAAAGAUGCGCCCAGCCUUCCAAUCCGUAAACCAAGGGGGUCACGAACUCAUUAAUCUGGAGAAGAACAAGCAACAGUCCAUAAUCCUUGAAACACUAGACCGUGUGAACAAGAACUGGCAGACUCUUGCGAUUAAACUGCUCAAUACCACGGCAAAGUUUGACGAGUUACAGGAACAGUCUGAAAAGUUUUACACUGUCUACAAAACUGUCACUGUAUGGUUGGACAGAAUGGAAAUGAGGCUUGUCUCCAUGCCUCCCGUGGGUCUGGACCCAGAUGUACUCAGUGAGCAGAUGAAAGAACAGAAGGCAUUGCAAAACGAAGCCGUGAAUUACAAGGCUCAGAUAGAUCUUUUGGUGGGCCUGGGGAAAGUUAUCAUCAGUAUUACAUCUCAUCACCCCGGUGAAACAGCUCAAACCCCGCUCGAGGGGGACUUGACGUCCGUGCGCACCCGUUACGAUGACGUGUGGAAACAACUAGAAACAAGAAAUGUCACGUUGGAGACGACUGUAUUGCAGAUGGAAAAAUAUAGGAGACUAGUGCGCAAUAUCACUAUUUUCCUGGGAAGGACCGAAAAGAGGUUAGGGAAACUGGAACCAGUGGCGGGAGACACUGAUACCAUUGGACGUCAAAUAUCCGAUCACAAGACCCUACAAAAAGAGAUUGCCCAGAACAAAGGAGAUGUUGAAUUGCUCUUGAAAGCCGGAAAUGAUUUAUUAGAGGACCGAGAAGGUGCUGCUGGAAAUGAAGAAAUCCAGGAAGAGAUUGCCAGCGUAAGAAACCGCAUGGAGUUCAUCGUGGUAGCGUCAAAUGAGCGACAAAAAGAGCUGGAAAGCACCUGGAGUACGGUCAAGAAUCUGGACGAAUCAGUCCAGUCUCUCACGGUUCAAAUCAAACAGCGCCACUUGGAGAUCGAGGCGCUCUUAAGAGAAGACGAUCCCAAGAAUCUUAGCAGGCGGGUCAAGGCCUUAAAUCACGAAAUAUCCAGUUUGAAGUACCAGGUGGCCAACACUAAUGAAUCUGGGCAGGAAGUGAUUAGAUACCUGGAGGAUACGAAUCAGGAUACAAGUAAUGUCGUCCACAAGGUGACCGGGGUUAACAACCAGUGGGAUCAACUCCAAACUCAGCUGCUGGAGCUUAGAAAUCGUUUUGACGUCAAGGAUGACGAACCUCCAACAGACAGUGAUUCUUCCAGUCCCUUUAAGGUCACCACAGUCAAAAAGAAUCUACUUGAAGCAUUUGAGGUUCCUAACUCCGGGAAAACGGAACCUACUACUGAAAGAACUGAUGGACUGCUUCCAUCCAGACCGUUUGAAUUAGGAAAACCAGUUGCAAAAAGUUCUGAUAAUUCUCCCUUUGGAGUUACAGCCGUCGAAAUGAGUACCGUUGAAAGUUUAAACUUUCAAGUCCCAAGUAAAUCUAAAGCAGAGCCUAAACAGGAAGAAUUUGAAUGGGGAAGGCCGCUUCUGGGAGCUUCAUCUGACGAAGAAGAUUACGAUGACAAUGACAGGGAGACAGUCGUGUUUGAAUCAGCAGAACCUGUUUUCUUGGAAGAGGAACCAGGCGAGGUAAGUAUUCCUUUGCAGAGCUCGGUAGAUAAAAGUGAUAAUCCUGAUGAAGAAGUUAUCGAGGAAUACGUUGAUCAAGACGGACGUCAGGUGAAGAGAAUCGCCAAAGCAACGACCACCAAAACAAUACUGCGAGUAGAACGUCAGGCGCCCGACUUGGAAAUGGAUGUCGAUAUCCCUCCUGAGCCAAAAGAAGAGGUACAAGAGUACGCAGACGAGCACGGUCAACGGAUAACAAAAGUAGUGCGGAGUUCUCAUACCACAACAAUGAAAACAGUACUGCGAGAUGGAUCAAUGAAGGUUGUCCUGAAAACUGAUGAUAGCGAUGAACCCAAGCUUAGAGAAGAACCCGAGGAAGGAGAACAGAUAGUGAUGAUCGCUUCCGAUGCUGGUCGUCGCACACAGAAGCUCAGCAAAUCAGUUUUCACGACUCAGUUGAAAGGAAGGUUACAACCCGUUACCGUUGCGUUCCCGUCGAGACAAGAAUCCGAUGUUUCGUCGCCCACACUACCCGCGGAGUCUGGAAUGGAAGAAGGAGAGAAGAAUGAAGGGGGCGAGCCCGAAGAAAGGCCAGAAGUCAAAGAAAACGUGUUUUCUGUGCAUGUCGAGAAAAAAGUGAUAAUUCCUGAGUUGAGUGCAUCGUUUGAGGAGAUUCCACAAUCCAAUUUACUGCCAACAAAAACAAAUGACCAAUCACCAAAGGCGAUGGAUGAAAUUAAAGAUGACAGAGGGCCGAAAGUGUUUGAAUCUGCGGCACCUGUUUAUCUUGAUUUGGACUCUCCGCCAGUUGGUAGAACGGAGGAGUCACCAGAAGAGUUUGAAGAAUAUCUUGAUGAAAAUGGUGUUCGUGUUAGGAGAACUGUGAGACGUGUUGUAACUACAACCAGUAUUAAGAGACCAGGUCAGCAGAUUGAACCAGAGAAGGUUGAGUUUUCUGUAGCGCAAGCAGGAGAUGAAUCACCAGAACAAGUCGAAGAAUAUAUCGAUGAAAAUGGAGUUCUUGUAAGGAGAACCGUGAGGCGUGUUGUCACUACAACCAGUAUAAAAAGAGAAGGCCAGAAGAUUGAACCUGUAGAGGUUGGAUUUACUUUACCGCAAACAGAAGAUAGAUCACCAGAAGACGUUGAAGAAUACAUUGAUGAAAAUGGUGUUCGUGUGAAACGAAUUGUGAGACGCACCAUUACAACCAGAAGUACAAUACGUAAAUCUGACGACGAAGAGAAAGACGAUUUGAGUACAAAGGUAUUUGAGUCGGCAGCACCUGUUUAUACUGAGACAGAAGAUGUUAUACCAACAACGGUAGAACUGCCUGUAUCCCACACAGACCAUGACACUCCAGAAGAACUUGAAGAAUACAUUGACGAACAUGGUGAACGAAUCAGGAGAGUUGUGACAAGAACAAUUACAAGAACUGUGCAUCGGAGAAGUAUGGAAGGGACCAUAGGAAUGCACAAGGCAGUAGAGGAAGUGGUUCCAUCCGAAGAAACUGAAACUGUGGAGACAAUCACACCUGAAUCCGCUGUCUUUGAUCAAGCUGAACUUGCAUCUUCGCGGCGAGUGUCCAUCCCAUACCAAACAACCAUCGUGCAACGUUACCUCGUGAUUAUUGAAACACUUUAUCAAUAUGUGUUGGAGCACAAGUCGAUGAUCUUCAUCUAUAGCUCGAAACACAUGCACUUUAAUUUUGUCCUGGAGAAUUUCUUGCAGUGGAUGCUCAUUACUUUGAAAAAGUUGAGCUGGAUGAGCGCCGUUUCAUGGAAAGUAGAUGAAAUCAAGACGCAAUUCCAAGAAAUCAAGGACAUAGAAGACGAAAUCGCUGAUCGAGCACCAAUCAUUGAAAACUUCACCAAAGUCAGCGAGGUCCUGGUACAGACUGCGCAACCUGGUGACAAAGAAGAACUUUCAAGAGAGGUAAAUCACGUGACCCAAGCCUUGAGCAGCAUCGUUGACAGGGCCGCUGACCGGCGGAGAAGCUUGGAAAAUAUUGCGCCUCUGGCGGAUGAUUUCCAUGAUGCCUUACAAAACCUGUCAGAAGUGAUUUCCAAAGUGGAAGACAAACUGAAUAUCCAGCGUGCAUUCGGGGCGGAGCCUGAAAAAAUCCAGGAGGAGAUUGAGAAGAUAAAGAACUUACAAUCGGAACUAAACAGCGAGGCGGAAAGAGCUCACGUUACUGGUGAAGCUCUCCUGAGUCUGCAAGAUCCUUCCACAGACAUGGCAGCGGUGCAAAGUCAAAUGGAUGCGCUGUCAAGUAGAGUAGAUGCAUUAAAGGGUAAAAUGACCCGGUUUGAAGAACAUUACGACGAGCACAUGCGCAAAGCCAAUGAAUUUCAGUUGGCGGUGAAAAGACUUCUUGCAAGGCUCGACGGGAAAAAUGAGGAACUGUUAGCAGUUGACAUAGACACCACGGAUGGCCAGGCCGUCCAGAAACGAAUUGAAGAGCUGGAGGCUAUUCACGAAGAGAUCAGUAAACACAAGCCACUGCUUACGACGGCAACUCUGACCGGUGAUUGGCUCAUUAGAAACGCGCAGAGGUCAAGCGCCGUGUUACCAAAUGGAGAACCCGAGAGUGAAGCAAUCCCACGAGAUGUCCAAGAAAAGCUAGACAUGAUCAAGGAGAAUUUCCACGUCUUGGAGAUAACAAUCCGCGAACAAAGACUUUAUUUGACUUCCCUGUCACGUCAGCAGGAGCAGAGACUGUUCGCUCUCCCAGUCGACCAUGCACCUGUAGAGGAAGCCCUGAAUCAUUUUAUUUCUUGGCUUUCGCGUGCAGAGGAGGUGGCCUCAAAAUAUGAGCCUUUGAAACCUGAUUUGGUCACACUCAAAGACGACGAGAUAGCGAUCACGGCCGACAGACGCGACGUCCUGAUGCACGAACCGAGCUACAACAGCCUCGUACGAAAGGCCACUGAAUUCAUGCAGAAGUCAGGCCCAGGCCCAAAACAAGAUGAGAUCAGCACCAAGAUGGAAGAUGUGAAGAAGAGAUGGGAAGCGCUUAAGAAAACAACCAACAAACGACAUGCGCAAAUUGCUGACGUGUUACCGCUGGCUCAAAAAUACCACGACAAUUCUCAGAACGUGAAGGAUGUGGUGACACUUGCUGAAGCCGAGUUGGGAUCAUAUCUGGGUGUGUCGCCUGACAUUGAGACAGCAAAACAAGACUUACACAACAUCAAGGGUGUCCUGAAAGCUGUCGAAAGACGCGAACGUGACGUCAAGCGAAUGAACGAGGUCGGUGCCGAGUUGGUUGAGAAGCUAGAAAAGUACCACGGAAUGUCAAGCGAAGCGCGUCACGAUCAGCAAACAACCAGUGAACGGUACGAACGGAUUCGAUUGGAGCUUCUUAACCGCGAGAAGCUGAUUGAAGCGCAAGUCAACUCCUCGGAUCAGUUCAUGACUGCGCUGCAGGGGUUUGAAAUGGACUUAACUGGCGUGGACACUGCCAUCUUAGAGGAAUCAGUCGGAAGUGACAGUGAAGUGCUAAAGCGACAGUUGGCUGAGCUUCAGGCCUCCAAGGUCGCUUUAGCUCAACGACGCCCCAAAUUAGCCUCGUUACAGUCGGAUGGACUGGCACUGAUGAAGGACAACAAAGAAAACGAAAAGUUCGUUGAUGCAACCAAGUCCAAAGUUCAAAACGUUACAGAUCUGUACUGCAGCAUUGAGGACAGAAUCAAAGAUCGAAUCGCGCAGGUACAAACUGCACUCUACCGUUGUCAAGGAUUCAGCGAGGGGCUGGACGACUUUGAAAGAUGGUUGUAUGACACCGAGAGUCGAUUCCAGGCCCUUGGCAUGCUGUCAAUCAAGCCAAGUGUAAUCAAGAAGCAAGGUUCUGGACUGAAGGUCAUCAAAGAAGACAUCGAACUCCACGCUCCGCUGUACGAAGAACUCAGGCAAGGAGGUGUAGACAUGCUAGCACGAGGAGACUCCAUACCCGACAGAAGUAACAUAGAGUUGAGACUUAUGGAUGUGAACAACCGCUGGAAAAGCUUAAGAGCAGGCAUUGACGAGCGGAAUAGGAGUCUUGGUAAACUGGUACCGAGCGUAUUUGGCUACGUGGAAGUGCGAAAGGAGGUGAUCACGUGGUUAAGUGAGAGCGAGAAGAAAUUCGACGAACUGGCUUUGGGAUUCGGUGAUAUGGGCGACCUCACAAUCAUGUCACAGAAACAAGAACAACUCAAGGCUUUGCGUGAGGACAUGGAAAACCACAGACCAGUGUAUCAUAACCUUUUGACCAUGUCUGAGGCUUUGAUUGGCGUGUGUCACGAGCUCUUAAUCAAUAACGACGUUGUCAUGGUGAUCGGUGAAGUGGAGGAAGUUAAGAGACGAUGGGAAGCGUUGAAUACGAAAUUGCUCGGUGGAGAAAAAGAACUGAGAAAUUCCAACAAAACCCUUGCGCUGGUGCAAGAAGCAUUGCAACCAAUGCAACAAGUUAUGGCGGAAGCAGAGGGUAUUCUAGGAACCGAGCCUAAAGUCGGUUUUAACAUCGGACAAGCCAAGGAAGAACUCAUCAAAGUUAAUAAAUGCAUCGACGUAUUGGAAAAGACAGAAAUAAAGUUACUGAGAUUGUCCAAGCAAGUUACCAACAACGAGUACAUCAUCACGAUCAUCAAAGACAAUAGAGUCAUGCAGAUUCGCUUGAAAGAGAGAAAAGUCAAACUGGAGAAGUACAUCCGGACCGUGGAAGUUUUCCAGGGAGCUGGGAAUGAGAUUGAAAUGAAGGUGAUGGGUAUCAUGAGUUUUGUGUCAGUUGAGGUCGUUGUGACAGACUUGGAGAACAUCCGGGACCAGUUGCAACACGUACAGAAUCUCGAAGAGGAGGUUGUCAUUCAUCGGAGAAAAAUUGACACCAUGGAAGAGACUGGCGAGUGGAUCAUCAGAGAAAACGGCGGCGAACCCGAAGUCAUAAGCGAAGUUCACUCGAGCAUCAACCGAGCGAAAUCGACCAUUAACGAAGUGACGGUGAAACUGACGGAUCGCCGCCGAAGACUCGAAACGGCGCUGACAGAGAAACAGCAAGUGUAUGACACCUUUGAUGACUUUGAUAGAAGGGUUGUAAAGCUGGACAAGUCCCUGACCCGAGCUAAACCUGUAUCAGCAGAGUUUAUCGUCAUUAAAGAACAGAGAACAUCUCAUGAGAUCGUCGUUCGAGAAGUAGGCCGCCUUCGCCCUAUCUCCGACUACCUCUUCCCAGCAGCAGAGAGUCUUCUUGGCAAAGCCGAGGAAGCCCCGGAUAAGCAGCAGUUUGAAACCCGUGUGGUAGCCACUCGUACCCUGUGGGAGGGUGUGCGAGUCAGAAGCGACAACCGACACGUCGUCAUUGAGAGAGUGUUCCCAUUGGCCCAUAACUACGAAGACGCUUACCGCGCGUUGAACAUUUGGCUCAGAGAGACGGAACAGAAAGUCAUCAACCUCACUCCAGUUCUCUGCAAUUUCGAGAGCUUGAAUUCCCAACGCAAUAAUUUAAGGGCCCUUCAAGAGGACGUUAGUAACCACGCGCCAGUGUUCGAGUUUUUCAUGUCAGCGGCAACGGCCCUCAACAACGCUUGUGAUGCAGCUAACAUCACAGAAGGAUUGGAACCUGUUAAAAUGCUCAAUAAAGAAGUAGCCAAUCGCUGGCAAGUCAUGACAGAUGUCGUGGAGGCCACGAAGAAUGAGAUUGACAAUGUCCAACAGCAACUGAAACAAUACGAAGACGCCGCUGACAAAGUCAAACUCAUGUUGAACCGCGCUGAAGCAGCCUUGGCUUCCCAGAGUGCAUUAGGAGCAGAUGUAAACAAAGUGAAGGCCAAAAGAGACACAGUAAAGACCUUACUAUCAGUGUUCGAGAAUGGUAAAGAUGAUGUUGAGUCUCUCAAUGAGGCUGGUGAGAAGCUCCUUCGCAAUGUGGAUCAUCAACUGGUGAACUCUUCUCCCGUACAGGAUCAGCUCGCUGCUUUGAAUGCUUCCUACAAAGACCUGUAUGACAAACUGGAAGCAGAGGAACUUAAACUUGAACAGGUGAUUGAGAAUGCUGAAGAUUUCCAGACUGCUAUUUUCGAAUUUGAAGCCUGGCUACCCAAAGUAUCAGCCGCAGUUCAGCAGUUCGAGCCUAUUUCCUCAAAUCUGGGUGGAAUCAAAAAACAGCUGAAGGAAGCUGAGGAUUUACAUGACACUUUAGAGGAAAACAAACCGCUUUUACUAUCCGCCGAAGACUGCGGGCACCGACUAGUUGAGGUAUGCCCCGAGGAGCAGACCAUAGACGAUGUGGUCGCCACCAAGCUGGACCCACUGCAGAAGGCUUACGAAAUACUUUCCGCCGCGGUGGUGGAGAGAGUUGGCCAGCUUCAAGUGAGGCUUGUUCAGUCCCAAGAGCUGGACGCGUCGCUUGCUGACGUCAUUCGUUGGUUGGUGGAAACGGAAAAGACACUUAAUCGACAGGAACCCAUCUCGGUGAAACCUGAGAAAGUCAACAGACAGAAACAAGAUCAAGAGGUGUUAUGUAAAGAGAUUGCUAGCGAACAGCCAGUGAUCCAGCAGGUUGAUAGUAACGCUAGCCAAUCAAUGGCAUCCAUGCCGAACGGGCCAGAACGUGACGUACUCAAGUACAAGCUUGCAGACAUCGACCGUCGCUUCGCAGCUGUGACGGAAAAAUCCACCCAAAGAAAGCAAACUUUAGACUCACUCCAGCCUCUAGCAGAGCAAUACAACGAGGUUUUGCAGGCGUUCACUCUUUAUUUAGAAGGGACAGAAGAAAAAGUGGAGUCACUGAAGAAAGUACCUCGUGACGAAGAAAGUGCUGUUCGUCAUAAAGCUGAAGCACAGGCCUUCUUAGAAGGAGUGGAGAGCCACAGGGGAGUUCAUCAACUAUUAAACAUGGCUUCAAAGGCCCUUACUGAUUUUUGUGAGAACAACUCUCUCAGUGUAGACACGUCACACAUCACAGAUGAACUGCAAAUUGCUAAUACGCGCUACGAGAAGCUCUGCAGGGCAAACUUUGAUUUGGAAAAGCAAACCCGAGUGGCUGAACAGACUAUUGAGCCAUACCAGAAAGCUUUGGAGCCUGUUGAGUUGACUUUUGUCGCAGUUGACAGCUAUCUUGAGUCUGAGCCCGCUAUCGGGUUGGACGUGGAAAAGGGCAAGGAAGAAUUAGUGAAAGUUGAGGAACUUCUAAGCACUCUUGAGGAACAGAAAGCUGAUCUGGAGGUAGUCGAAAUGUCAGGUCCUCCGCGAGUUGAGCAAGCUGUGGAUUUAGCUGAAGAACUGGCCACUGUAUCUCAGAAAUACGAGAUGAAUGUCAAUAAGCUGAAACGUCAAAAGGUUCGAUUGACGAAGCACGUUGAGAAGCUGAUUCUGUUCAUGGAGGUGCAUCGCGAAAUCGAGGAGUGGCUAGAAGGAAUGUCUGAAACGAUCAGUGGACUGUCACCUAUCAGCGAAGACAGCGAUAAGGCCAAAGCACAACUGGCCAACACCAAGGCCCUUAACGACGAAUUCCAGAAGUACCGCGCAAAGCUUGACUUGCUCGAAGAAAUUACUGAUUAUCUGAUGGAAGCAGAAAAAGGUGAUCCUACUCUUGUUGCCGAACUCAGGGAGAAGUUCAGCUCAGUGGAAGAGCCUUUUGAACGGCUACACUCUGUUGUGCUACAACGACAAGCCCGUCUACAAAACAUUGUUAUAAAUAGUCAAGACUUUCAACUGUCGCUGAACGAAGCUCAAAACCAGCUGAAUGAAUUUGAAAGAAGCAUGGCUCAGCUACAACCCAUCAGUGCCAUUUACGAGGUGGUUCAACAACAGAAAGAAGAUCACGAGGGUCUAUAUCUUGAAAUCACCUUGAGAGAGGUUGUGUUCAACGAACUUCUCAAACUCGGUCGUGAGGUCCUAGAAAAGACCGCCCCAGGCCCCAACCGUGAAGCUCUUCAAAAGGACCUGGAUGACGUCGAAAGCCGCUGGAGGGAAGUGUAUUAUAGCACAGCAGAAAGGCAGGAGAAACUCGAGGAAAUUGUACCACUGUCUCAGAAAUACUCUGAGUCAAUCAGUGAUUUACUUCCAUGGCUUACAGAGACCGAGCAGAUGGUUGCAGAUUGUAACGCGAUGAUUGUUUGUGAAAAACAUGCCCUGAUAAGAGAGCAAACACUGAUUAAGUACUUACAGCAGUUCCUACAGGAGGACAUAGAAGGACAUCGCCCGAUCUACCGCUUUCUUGUGGACAGUUCAGAUGACCUGCUUGAAAGCUGCGAAGAUCUGUCUGUUACCGAAGGAGUGACGCAAAUAAAGGAUGACGUCAAAGGCAUGAUUGACAGGUGGACCCUGGUAAACCAGUUUUACUUGGAGAGACGGCGUCAAGUAGCGGAAGCUUCACAGUUGGUGAAAAAUUACAGAGGCUUGUUGCUGCCAGUUGAAAACGAACUUAAUAGAGUGGAAAGAAAAAUGGCGGAGUGUGACUACGAAGGAAUCAACGUUGACGUUGGCAAGAAAAAGCUUGAAACUGUUAAGGCUAUCCAAGGCGAAAUCUCAAAUUUGGGAUCCCAGCUUGAAUCAUUGGGUGAACAACUUAAAGGGGAAGACAAAGCUCACUUGGAUCUGACGCCUGUCAAACAACGAGUGUCUGCGCUCACUCAGCGGUACAUCACUCUUCGAAGAGAUGCUGAUGAAAGGAUGGUGAAACUCGAGAGAAUUUUGAAGGACCUGACUACGUUUGUGACAGCCACUAGGGAGUUACGAGUUUACUUGGAUGACGCAUUCGAGAAACUUGAUAGAUUGGAACCUAUUCAUAACGAUGCAGAGGUUAUUGAAAACCAGCUGAAAGAAGUACAAGGGCUUCAAGCCGAGGCCAACGCCCAGGUUGGUGUUUUAUCAUCAGCUGAGGUAGCUGCAACUACCAUCUGCUCUGAAAAGAAAGACGACCUAAAGGCCUCUCAUGACAUCAACAAGUCACUAGCUGAAGUCCAAACACCCAUGUUAGACCUACUUGAGAGACUUCAAUCACGUGAACAGGACUUGAAGAGUGCCCAGGAACAUCUAGAGGUUUACAAGGCACAGCUGGAGCCUGUUCAGGAGGUCUUCUUUCAGGUGGAGUCCUCCGUGGAGGCUCAGGCCCCGGUCGACUUAAACAAAGGCGAAGAUGAACUCGGCAAAGUGGAUACGAUGAUCAAAGAAAUGGAAGAGAGCAAUAAACAAGUGCGCCUGAUGAGGAAGUCAAGCCAGCAACUCUUGCGAGUCAUGGACAUUCAGUCGGAGCCUGGUACUGAGGUACAGACGGAAGUAGCCAAAGUCACUCACAAGCAACGUGAUCUCAGGUCCAGUCUCCGGCUUCGACGCUCUAGAGUUGAGAAGAGCCUGCAGUUGUAUGGAGAAUUUUUAGAACAGAUUGAGAAGGUGGAGAAAUGGCUCCCAGAGGGAACGGAACGGGCGAAGUCAUUAGAUCUUAUUGGUGGUGACCCUGAGACGAUAAGAAAAGAGUUGGAUAAGCUACAGAAUGUGAGAGAUGAGGUGCAAGCGAAUGUAACUUCGCUAGACAAUGCUAAGGGCUUAGCGGACAAAAUCAAAGAGCUUAGUGGUGAAGACCCUUCCAUCAACAAAGAUCUGGACGAUCAGUUACAGAAAGUGGAGCCACCGAUGAACGACCUUAUUUCGCUCCUUAACGCACGACAGACUGAGUUUCAGACGGCGCUGCUGCAAAGUCAAGAACUUAAAGAUUCCUUGGAUGGGUUCGGCGGCUGGCUCUCGGCCGCUGAGAACCUUUUGAACCUUCAAGGACCAGUGUCAGCCAGACACAAAGUCAUCGUCGACCAACAAGACAAGCUGCAGGUGCUCGAAAAAGAUGUCGAACAGCACAAGCCAGUUCACGAACACGUCAUGGAAAAAGGAAGAGCAAUGCUGGACAGUGUGAGACCUGGACGUGAGAAAGACAAUUUGGAACAGAAGCUCCAAGAUCUUGAUACUCGCUGGAAUCAACUCUCUGAUAAUAUCAGCCAACGAAAUAUGAAGCUGGAGAACGUGGAACCUUCUGCGAGCAAAUAUGUGAACGUCUCUGAGCCCUUCACAAACUGGCUUGCAGAAUCGGAGGAGCGUUUGAAAAGUUGCGAAAAGAUCCCGGAAGAUGAAGAGAGCACUACGCAACAAAUUGAGCUGUUAGAGACUUUACAACAUGAAAUUCUGCUACACAAGCCAGAACAUCAGACAUUCACAGAAACGUCCACUUGCCACACAGACAUCUGUAGUGACAAGGAGGUGACAGCUGAUUUGUCUGUUUUGGAAGAGGAGAUCGCGUUCGUCGAUAAGCGAUGGAAUGAAUUGGGCGCCACUGUUAGCAAACGCCUCCAGACUUUAGAGAACGUGCAAGAAGAUGUCCAUCGAUAUCAGCUGGUGCUACAUGUCUUGGAGAAGACCCGCAUAGAGGUCGAGCAGAUUGUGGUUGUUAAGUAUGUCAUGGUCUUGGAUCAUAAUAGAGCUAAGCAAGACCUCGUAGAAGUUAAGAAAUCUAUAGUGCUCCUGAACAACAGACGACCAGAUUUGAAAGAUCUUGAAAAGUACGGAAAAGCUCUGACAGAAAAGACUGGCUCACCCGAAUGGCAGGAAAACGUGGCGGUCGUGCGUCAAAAGUACAACACCCUUGAAACCAAGUUACGCGAACGGGAAGACUUAAUGGAGAGAGUUGGACAUUAUAUUGCUAUCUACGUGACAAACACUAAACAUGCUGAAAGGUUCAUUCCGAAGGUUAAAGAAGAGGUUGCCAACCUGCCACCCGUUAGCAGCGAACCAGAGGUGGUCCAAGAGCAACUUGAACGAUCUGAGCAGCUACAGACUUCUCUUGUUGACGAGCGGGUCUCACUCGACAGCGCUCAGGAAGCCGCUGAUAGGCUGGCUGGAAAUUGUAACCUAGAACCUGUGGCGGAGGAGGAAAUGAAAGCCAGAGUGAGAGUUUCUAAAGAAGCGAUAGACGAGCUCGUGGCUGUUAAUAACGAAAGGCAAAAUGCUUUGAAGUGCGCGCUAAUGCAAUCCAAGGAGUUCAAGGCUGCUUCGAAUGACUUCCUCAUCUGGCUUAAUAGUGUGGAAGACAGGCUUGCGUCUCAACCUCCCGUGACGUCAGACACAGACUCCAUCCGGGAACUGAAAAAGGAUCACGUGCCUGUCAAUGAAGACGUACUGCAACAUGAGCCUGUUUUGGCCGCUAUAAGGAAGUCUGCAGAUGAUGUCCUUCAAGCGACGGAACCUGGUAAAGAGCGUGACAGAGUAGAGCAAAGAAUAGCGCAGAUUCAAAGCAGAUGGGACAAUGUUCAAAAGAACAGCACUGACCGUAAGACUCUGUUAGAUCGGAUAGAUCCUGCGGCGCAGGAUUAUGGAGAGACCUUGCAGAGCUUCUUGUCCUGGUUGGUUACUGCUGAAAAGAAUACAGCUCUGCUGAGGUAUGUUCCAUGCGAUAGAAAGGGUCCGCAAAAGUACGAAGAGUUGCUUAAAGAGAUGGAGAGCGAUCUUCAAGAAAAAGAGAGCUCUCUCGGCGAAUUAGAUCAUAUCGCGCGCUCGUUAUUGGAAUUCGACCCAGCAGACGCCACCAUCGUGAAUGCACAAGUGCAAGACGUACGAAAUCGGUAUGCUGCGCUUCAAGGCACCCUCAGAGAGAAAUCGAAUAAUCUGGAGAAGAUCAAACAACUCUUAGAAAAUUUCAACUUCCAUAGACACGCUGUGGAGGAGCUAGUUGUGCAGGGUGUGGUUGUUUCGGCCUACAAAACACCUUUAAUGGACGCCGACAAAAUUGCCGAGGAACUAGCCUUGAUACAGGAGUUACUAGAUGCUUUCGCUGAUCAAGAGGAAGAGCUGGAAAUGGUUCAAAGUGUAGGAAUGGAGCUGUUAGACCACUUGGAAGAUGAUGCUCCAGAUGCAGCCAUCAUCAGAAACCAAGUAGAUACUUUGUACACACGAUUCAAUGUAACAAGAGAUCAUUUGCGGCGAAGACGGGCGCAGCUGGAGAAGCACAAUCAGCACCUUGUGUCUUUCAAGGAAAACAUCAAACAGCUAGAAAAGUGGUUUGAGACCUUCAGUGUGACCGUUGAAGAACUAGAACCAGUCAGCACCGAACCGGAGAAACUGAAAAAGCAGUUGCCUGAAGCGGAGACACUGCAGCGCGAAUUACAAGACAAGACCUAUCUCCUGAAGAGUGCGCAAACAGAAGGAGAGUGGAUGAUGGAACAUAGUAAAGAAGACGAAGACAUGGUAAUUGAUGUGGUGACCAUUCUAAGCGGAUGCCAAGCCAAGAUGGAUCGCCUCAACGCUCAUAUUGAUCAGAGACAUUCUCGCCUGCAGAGCGCAGUCAUCGCGAGUCAAAGUGUUGAGGUAACCUUCGCUGAGUUUGUCGACGAUUUGGGUAGGAUUGAAGAGCAGCUCGCUGGUAUGAGACCAAUCUCUGUGGUUCGUGAUACACUGAAGGAGCAAGAACGCCAGUUUGAGAUCAUGAAAGAUGACGUCAAAGAUUUAGAUGAGCUCGCUAACGAGCUAAUUUACCGCGUGGAAAAUGUGUUGGAGAAUGCCGAGCCCAGCCCAGACCGCGAUGCAUUACAAACAAGAUUCGAGGAUAUGAAGGCUAAGUGGGGUGACGUCAAAGAUAAAGUCAGUGAUAGAGAAACAGAAAUUGAAGAGCGUGCCCCAAUUCUGCAUGAAUACCACGAUAACAUGGAGGACUUUGUCGCGUGGCUGAAAGACCUUGAUGGCAAGAUCUCAUCACAGAGCCCUGUUUCGUGUGACUCGAAGAUGAUAGCUAAACAGCUCGAACAGGUAGAAGCUCUAAACAAAGAUUUUGAAUUGCACAAGCCAGAAUUUGAGGUCGUAAAAGAGAUUUCCACAGAUGUGAUCAAACGCCAGCCAGAUGAUGUGUAUGUUGUCGAGGCGCAAUUGCAGUACGUAAUCAAGAUGUGGGAAAGCGCUUCUUUCCGCCUUAAGGAUAGGUUAGAUCAAAUCACCAAUGUCAAGGACAUUGCAGCGGAGUAUCAGAAGGCCCAGAGACCCGUGCGAGCUCUCUACGCAUGGGCAGAAGAAGCUAUUGUACCGGCGGAGGCAAUUGGGUCGAACACCGAAAGAGCUAAACAAGAACUCAACAACACGAAGGCUUUGCUUAACUUGAUGGCCACUCGUGAAGCUGACAUGAAACAGGCACAGAAAGUCGGCCAGAAUCUGGUUCUUAACGCAGAUUCUGCCUCUCCAGAGGUCUCAACGCUGAAACAGGAAGUUAGAGAAAUCCCAGAGAGGUACGCUGACCUCAAGAAACAGCUUACAGAACAACAGGCGCAGCUGGAGAGAAUCAUCCAGGAUAGUUCAGUAUUCCAACAGCAAAUCAGAGAGCUGGAGCUGUGGGUCACGGAAGUCUCGAAGAGCACAGCCAUGCAAGAGCCAAUUAGUACCAAUCCGAAGGUUGUGCACAAACGACUGGAACAGACUGAGAGUUUGCAAAACGAGAUAGCCAAGCAACGUGCCGCAUUGGAUCGUACAAAUGACCUCGGUAAGGUGAUUAUAGACAACAGUGGUGACAAUCCUUUGGUUGUAGCUGAUGUACAAGGGAAACUAACUAAGGUUCGUGUUCAGUUGGAUCGCUUGGAUGCCAGGAUCGAACAACGCCAUGCUAUUUUACAGAACAUCCUGCUUCAGAUUCAGGUCUAUGAUGUGAUGUUGGAUGAGUUCGUUACCAAACUUGAAGAGAUGGAAGAUGAAGUGAGCAAGUUCAGGCCAAUUUCUGCCAUCCUGGAAAUCGUGAGCCAACAAAAAGAACACAUCCAGCGAAGUGUCAGCGACAACAUCAUGAGGAAGCAACCUGUGUUCGAUAAAAUCUUGGAAGAUGGGCAUGGCAUGUUGGAAAGAAUGGAAGCAGGUGAAGAGAAGAACGCACAGAAAGAAAAACUCGAGCAGAUGGAAACGCGGUGGAACGAGGUCAAGGAGAAAACAGCUGACAUGCAGAAGCGUGUUCAGGUGGUUCAUGAAGCUUCUCAGAAGUAUGACCAAAGGGCGACGACCUUCAGGGAUUGGCUUCAGGAUGCGGAGAAGAAAGUAAGCAAGAUCCAUCCUGUAUCAUGUGACGAGAACGAAUUGGAUGAAAGCCUUGCACAACUUGAUGGACUUUCUUCUGAAAUAGAGUCGCAUAAGUUCGACUUCGAUGAGUUGAACGAGUCCGCUAGCUCUCUUACGAAUGUGUGUCAAGCGGAUGGUGAUGUAAUCAAAGCAGAUUUCAACGAGCUUAAGAGCCGCUGGGAUACAUUACAGACGACGGUACUGGAGAAAAAAGUCAAGGUUGAAGAAGCUAAAGAGGCGUUUGAGAAGUACCAGAGUGCCUUGCAACCUGUACAAGAGGCUUUUACGCAAGCAGAAGAUGCUUUGGCUUCCCAUGAGCCUGCGGGAACUGACGCUGACAAAAUCCGACAAGAACUGGAGCAGAUAAAGGCCCUGGUAUCUACUCUAGAUGAAAGGAAAGGAGACAUCAAACAGCUGAAUCAGUCUGGUCAGCACCUUCUCCAACAAGCUGAAGACGACGCACCAUCCACACUGAGUGUAAAGGAACAACUUGUAAGCACUAACGGCAAAUCAAAAGACUUGCCUGCCAGACUCCGCGAAAGACAAAAGGAACUGGAGAAAGCGCUUGAGGAUACAAUGCGGUUCAAUUCAACACUAGCAGAAAUAGAACAGUGGCUGCCAGAAACUAUUGAAACUGUUGAAGCCCUAGAACCAGUAAGUUCAGAACCGGAAAAUCUCAAGGAGCAAAUCAGAGAGACCGAAGCCCUGCAUGAAGAGGUGAAGAGAUAUCUGGUGCGCCUUUGCGUUGUUGAAGAGACGGGUCAGCGGUUGAUCGAGGACAGCAUGCAGAAUCCUGACGCUGUUGCAGACAUUCAAAACAACAUGGAAAAAGCUCGCCAACCACUCGAUAAACUCAAUGCCAAGGUAGAACAGAGAAGUCUUCGUUUGCACGAUGCCAUGAUGCAAUCUCAAGAAUUCCAAGAAGUAUACGACGAUUUUAUUGCUCGUUUAGGGACCCUCGACGACAUCCUUCAAAGCCAAGAGCCAAUUUCUCCGGAUUAUCCAACAACAAGACGCCAAAAGGACGAAACGGAAGAGUUCAGUGACACCAUUGCUCAGAUGCAGCCAGUUUUGGAUAAACUUUUAGCUGUCGGGGAUAAGGUUUUAGAGACUUCGGAUCCUGGAAAGGACCGAGACGCUGUGCGGAAGAAGUUGGACGAUCUGAAAGAGAAAUGGAAAGAUGCUAAAAGCAAAGCCACGAAACGUGAGGAAGAGAUUUCUUCUGUGAUUCCCGAUGCGAAGUCGUUCCACAGCGGAGCUCAAGCGUUUGACUCUUGGCUUUCUGAGACGGAGAGGAAACUUGCUGCGGUCAACACCGACUCAGUAAGUCCAGAACAACUGAGUCAACAACAAAAAGCGUUUGAGGAUCUUAAAGAAGCUGUAGAGAGUCAUCGAGCAGACCACCAAUUACUAAAUAACACUGCUGACUCACUAAAGGACAAAUGUAAAGAUAACAGCUAUUUUGUAGAGGUGCAAAUUAAGGACUUGAAUCGACGCUGGGAGGAACUUUUCAAAGACAUAGAGACGAAGGAAACUGACCUAGAAACCGCCAAGGAUACUGUGGAUAAAUAUCGCGAUGCCUUGGGAGCUGUUGAAGAAGUUGUGCAAAAGGCUGAAACAUCGCUUGAAAGCCAGCCACCGACCGAUCUUGAUGUCAGUAGGAGCAAGGAAGAACUGGCAAAAAUUCAACAAGUCGUGGAUGAUUUGGAACAGUAUGAACCCCGUCACAAAGAGAUGCAAGAACUUGGAGAGAAGUUACUUCAAGGAAUGAAUCCUGAUUCCGUCGAUGCCGUGAUGUUGAAGCAGCAGUUAAGUAAGGUAGGAGACUGGUACACAACAGCUCUGGUUCGAGGCAGAGAACGCAAAACACAGCUAGAGAAGAUCAUUGUGUUGAUAAUAGAGUUUACGGAAAAAUAUGAAGUUUUGAUAACUUGGACUGAAGAGAAAACCAUCGUGAUCGAGACCAUCCAUGUUACAAGAACUAAUCCGACUGUUGUGAAGAGCCAGUUGGGUGAAAUUGAGAAAAUUCAGGAAGACAUUGUGAAGCAGAAGUACGUCCUCGAGUCCGCGGAUGAUGCUGGGCAGCGCUUGGUGGAAUGCUGUGAAAAUGAACCGGCAAUUGUAAUGGAAGUCAAUAGCAGAGUGUAUAAAGCAAAAACCACGCUAGACCUGCUCUCGGCCAAAGUUGAUGAUCAACAAAAGAAACUGCAAGAGGCCGUUUUACAGUCGCAAGAAUUCCAAGAAACAAUGGAUGAUUUUGCUGAAAAGCUGGCAAAGUUGGAAGAUGAUGAGGCCAAAAUGGGACCCGUGUCUUCUCAGUAUGACGUGUUACGCGAGCAGAGUGAAGAUAUUGAACACGCUGUUGCCGAUGUAAGACAGCUUGAGCCUGUGUACGAAAGAAUUUCUAGAAAUGGUGAAGACGUUUUGGCGAGUCUUGAGCCGGGAGAAGAGAAAGAUGAACUCAAGGAGAAAUUGAAUGAUCUUUCCUCUCGCUGGAAUGCUGUGAAAGGGAAGGUUGAUGAUCGGAAAUCAAAAAUUGAUGAAGUCAUAGUUGUAGCAAAAUCUUAUUAUGACUCACUGCAAUCGGUUCUUCCCUGGAUGAGUGCUUCUGAAACCUGGGUCGAUUCUCUUGAGCCGGUUUCCUGCGACGAGAAGAGUAUCGCCAAAGAGAGGAAGACCCUGGCUACUCUGGUACAGCAACUCGAGGAACACAAUCCUGAGGUCGACGCUGUUAACGAUUCCGCUCGCGAGCUGGGAGACCUGUGCGAUGACAUUCAGGUUGUCCAUGCAGAAUGCAAGGAUGCCAACAAGAGAUGGCAGGUGUUAACAGCGAAUCUGACAGUUCGACAACAGCAUUUGGAUAGCGUGGCUAGCUUGCUUGAACAACUGACCAAUCAGCUUCAGCCGAUUGAGGAGAGACUGGACGAGGCAGAAGCAUUAGUUGAUGCGCCGCUUGCCAACCUCACUGACGCUGAGAAAGGAGAAGAAGAGCUCAGGAAAAUUGAGGCUUUGCUUUCAGCCCUUGAAGAGCAGGAGCCUGAACUCAAUGAAGUGAAUGACAACCUGUCACUCUUGAUGCAGCAAGUUGACGAAAAGACGCCUCACGCAGCUCAAGUAAAGGCUGAAGUGUCACAGGCGGACCAGAAACAGAAAGAACUUAUCGAAAAGCUGAACGCGCGCAAAAUUAACCUCGAGGAGGACGUGAAACACGCGCGCGUCUUCCAGGGAUCACUCGCCGACAUAGAAGCCUGGUUACCUGAAGCAGAGGAGCGUGUUUCUGCUCAACAACCAAUCAGCACAGAUCCUGAGACGGUUAGAAAACAGCUGGAGGAAGCACAGAUUCUGAAAGACGACAUCGCUAAACACAGAGCACUCUUUCAGACAGCGGAGAACGCUGGACAGAAACUAAUCGAACGGAGCCAAGAGGAUCCAGCAGUUGUCGCCGACGUUUACAGCAAACUUUACAAAGUGCGCACUGCAUUGGACAAGCUGUCAGCUCGAGCUGAUCAGCGCCUUGGUCGGCUGCAACACGUUCUUCUGCAAAGUCAGGAGUUUCACGUUUCUUUCGCCGAGUUCUUGGAGAAACUGAGUCGAGUUGAAGAACAGAUUGCUCUCCAGGCCCCCGUGUCUGGAGUGUACGGCACGGUUAAAGACCAGAACCAACAGCAAAAGACCGUUAAUGACACCAUUCAGCAACAAGAGCCGCUGUUUGAGCAGCUUGUGCGGGCUGGAAAAAAUAUCCUAGAGACAUCUGAGCCCGGGCCAGACCGGGACGCUUUGGAGGAUAAAUUGAAUGAACUGACACAACGUCAGGAUUCAGUCAAAAGACAAACUGCUGAUCGGCAGCAACAGCUUGAUCAAGUGCUGCCGCUUGCAAAGGACUUUCAAGGUGAGAUUCACGACAUAAAACCAUGGCUGAGCGAUGCUGAAAAACGACUUCAGGCCAUUGAUAGAGAUGCUUGUGAUGAGAGAUCAAUCGACAAACAACUGCAGGCGCUAACUGAUUUGACCAAGGAGAUUGCUGAGCAUCAACCGAUUGUCGAGGCAAUGGAAGACACUUCUUCAUCUUUGUCCAAUAGUUGCAGUGCGGAUAAGUUCGUGAUUGAGGGAGAGGAACAAGAUGUGCGAAAACGCUUCGAUAAUCUGUCUUCUGAGGUGCCCAGAAUAGAAGACAGUUUGACAAAAUUGAAGGAAGCGUUAGUCAAAUACAGCCAGGUUUUAACACCUGUCGAAGAACUCUUGGAGAGCACCGAGAAGUCGCUUGCAUCGCGUGAUUCCACAGGUGUAAAUGUAGACAAAGGUAAAGACCAACUAAAGGCUGUGGAGGAUCUCUUAUCGUCGCUUCGAGCGCACGAACCCGACGUCAACGAUUUGAAGGAGGCGGGAGACAAAUUUACAUCAGCUAUGGAUCCUAAAUCGUCUGAAGUUCCACGUGUUAACCAUGAAGUUGAAGCAGUUUGUCAGAGAUACAAGGACCUACUGGAGAGUUUGAACAAUGAAAAAGAACAAGUCGAGAAAGAAACUGAGAAGGCCUUGAAGUUCCAGGAUGCUCUGCGCAACUUAGAGGAGUGGUUACCCAAGGUGGAGGAAGCCGUUGGAGCUCAGGAACCAAUCAGUAGCGAUCCGGAAGUGGUCAAGCAACAGCUUCAACAGGCAGAGGCGUUGAGGGAUGACAUAGCGAAAAAUAAAGCUCUUCUGGACGCUUUGGAAGACACAGGGAAAGAAAUUAUCGCAGACAACAACGAAGAUCCCCAAGUGGUUCGCGAUGUUCGGGGUGAACUGAACAAAAUCGUUUCUCCUUUUGACUUGAUUCUUCGUAAACUCGCUGAACGUCAAGUCAAACUACAGAAUGCUUUGCUUCGAUCUCAAGAAUUCCAGGUGUCUUUCGAUGAAUUCAUGGCUAAGUUGGACACAUUUGAAGACGAACUAGCGAAGCAAGAACAGAUUUCUGCCCUACAUGAACCUGUUCAAAUGCAGCGGCAAGAAAAUGAAGCCUUACAAAAAGAAUUAGCUCUUCAAGAUCCUGUGUUUGAAAAACUUGUUCAGAACGGACAAGGUGUCGUUGACGCGCUGGAAGAUGCGCCGGAGAGGGAAGUUAUGGAGAAGAAGAUGGAGGAACUGAAGUCAAGAUGGCAGAAUCUGAAAGAAAAAGUUGAUGACCGUCAAAAUAAGCUGGUUAAGGUCGAACCGGAGGCACAGAAAUUCCGUCAGGAUGCAGAUUCCUUGGCUGUGCUGCUAGCAGAUGCCGAAAAACAGGUUGAUGAGUUUGAACCUCUUACUGUAGACAUUGACAACAUUGCUAAACAAAAAGAACUUGUGAAGCAGAUUCAGAGAAUGGCAGACAAACUAAAGUCAGAUGUUCGAGAGGUUGGAGGAAGCGCUGAAGAACUAAAGGAACAGGCUGAGAAAGAUGUCCCUGUCCUGGAAGCUGAGGUGGAAGACUACGUUGCGCGGAUCGAGAAGUUGUCAGCUUCCCUUGAUGAGAAAGACGAUCAGCUUUCAGCGAUGGAAGCAGCGUCACAUGACUAUCACGUGACAGUUAAGAAAGUGGAGGACGUGUUCUGCGAGGCCUGUGACAUCGUCGAUGCACCCGUGGUGUGUGGAACGGACACGGAGUCAGCUGCACAACAGCUUGCCAAGAUUAUGGAACUAAGUUCUGUUCUCGAUGGCCACGCCCCGGAGGUACAAAAUGUCGGUCACAAGGGUAAGACUCUUCUCCAACAAGUUCAUGACUCGUCACCAGAUCACGCAGUCGUUACCAGUAAAGUAGCACACGUCUCACAGAAGUUUGGAGAACUUCAGCAGAAGCUUAAGGCUCAGGAAGAGGCUCUCACCAGUAAGAUCAGAGAUACAGACGAUUUCAAUACCAAGGUGGAAGAACUGGACGGGUGCAUACAAGACAUUCGUGAGAAGCUCGCGGCAGUUGGCCCUGUCAGCACUCACCCAACUGCGGUAGAAAAACAGCUGGAGCUUGUUCGAGAUUCGAAAGCGAAACUGGAGGAGAAGAAACCAACUCUUGAAGAUGCCCAGGGUUUAUGUGAGAAGUUGACCGACCAGAACAAAGAUGAACCGCUAAUCGUAGCAGCCAUUAAAGACAAACUUGACAAAGUCGAGUCGCCAUUUGAAGACCUCAAUGCUAAACUCACUGACCUGGAAGGCAGACUCCAGGCAGCACAGAUUCGCUCUCAAGAAUUCAACGUGUCUUUCAGUGAGUUUAAAGACAAGCUACAAGAUAUGGAAGAACUUGCCGCCAAUCUGAAGCCUGUGUCCGCCAUAUAUGACAGGCUGAAAGAACAGAAAAACGAUGACGAGGAACUGCAAGAUAAGAUCCAACAACAAAAACCUGUUUUUGAACAACUCUUGAAAAAUGGCAAAAAUCUUCUGGAAAGUGCAGAACCUGGUGCCGAGAAAGACGAACUCGAAGCGAAACUUGCUGACACGGAGAGGCGCUGGAAUGAAACCGAACAAAUCGCGUCUGAACACUCAGCUCGUGUCGAUACAGCUCUUCCUGAAGCGGAAACGUACCGCGAGAGUGCGAGCAGUCUUGAGCCGUGGUUGGCGGAUACGGAGAGAAAAUUGACAUUGUUGGAGCCAAUUGUGGCGAGUCAAGACUUGGUGGAGAAACUCAGUGAUGAAGUAGCUUUGCUUCGUGAAGAUAUCGACAAACACCGACCAGAGAGAGACUCCGUAAGUGAGAAAUCGAAAGCUGUGGUAGAAUUGACGGAUGCCGAUGGGGACGUUGUAGGGAAUGAAGCUCAAGAAACUGUAGAUCGAUAUGACGCAUUGGAUGCAGCUCUGGCUGCCAAAGAGAAAGAUCUACAGGACGUGAAGCAGAUGUUGGAUAAGUAUCACGUUCUGGUGCAGCCUGUAGAAGAUACACUGGAAACUGUCGGCGCAGAGCUCGCGUCACAAGGACCAGUUAGUGCUGACGUAAAAAAGAACGAAGAGGAUCUGGCAAGGACUAAGGCACUGAUCCGUCGAUUAAAGGACAUGAGAGACAACCUUGACAGUGCAGAGACAAGUGGUAAGGAAACAGCUGAGGCCAUCACAGCCUUGGACGGCGAUCCCACUCUUGUCCAAGAGGAACUCAAAGCGGUUGGUGCCAAUUACGAUUCUCUUCUAGCUCAACUGAAAGAUAAACAGUCGCAGCUGGAACAGGCGAUAGGUCAAGGUCUGGAGCUACAAGAAAAAUUGGAUGAAAUUGAAGCUUGGACUGUAAACAGUGCUGAGAAGGUAGACGUCUGGGAACCAAUCAGUACAGAUGCUGUCACAGCUAAGAAACAGUUGGAGGAGUUACAGGCGAUGAAGGAUGAACUUGAAAAACAUCAAGCUAGUCUUAAAGACUCUCAAGCCUUAGCAGAGAAGCUGCUGUCCGACAGCGAAGAUCCAGUCACUGCUGCUGAACUUGAGAGCCGUUUGUCCAGAGCUGACCUCGAGCUAAAACAACUCUCAGAUAAGAUCGAAGCGCGGGAAAAUCAGCUGCAGGCAGCGCUUGCACAGUGCGAUCAGUUCGAGGCUGAUUCGGAUGAUUUCUUACGCUGGCUUACUAAGACUGAGAGAACUCUCGCCAAGCUCAGGCCUAUUUCAGCUGAUGUGGGUACAGUUCAAGAACAAAAAGAUAGUUAUCAGCCCAUCCACCAGGAGAUAAAAGAAAAAGAACCAACUUACACGGCCCUGACGGCUGCCGGAGAACAACUGAAGGAAACAAGUCAGUUGCCCGCUGACCAAGAAAACUUACAGGAAAAACUCGAUAACAUGAGCCAGCGAUGGAGUGAGCUAAACACUUUGUCCGGUGCGCGUUCCACUAACCUAGACAAAGCAGUAAAACUGACUACUGAGCACCAGGAGCAGCGCAACCACUUUGUACCGUGGCUAGAUUCAGCGGAAAGAAGAUUGGACGCUAUUCACUUGACUUGUGAUCCAGAAGUUCUGGAGACUAGUAAGCAACACGUCGAGGAACUCCAGCAAGAUGUAACAAACCACUCUGAUCCGCAUAGUGAACUUGACAACACAGCUGAGGGGAUCUCUCGUGUCUGCGUGGAGGAAGUCAGCUCUGUCGAAGACGACAUUCAAAAUCUGGACAAGCGAUGGGCCGACUUGAACAAAAACCUUCAAAACAAACUUGUAGAUAUCGAGACCUUGCAAGGCCAGUUGAAGGAGUAUAAAGACACUGUUAACGGUGUUGAUGAGAAAAUUUCUGGGGUUGAGAGUGAAUUGAACUUGGAAAGGGCCCCCGUAUCAGAUGUAGAAGAGAUGAAGAGGCAUAUUCAAGACCUUGAGGCGCUAAAAGAGCAGGUUGAGGAGCUUAAACCGGACGUUCAGUCCGCUGUAGAAGCUGGGAACGGUAUUCAAAAGGGCAACCCAAGCGCUGACACUACUGCUGUUGAAUCAGAUAACAACAACCUACAAGAACAUUAUGCUGCACUUGAAGAUAAGCUUUCUUCCGCAAUUGAAAAGAAUAAGAAGAUUCUUGAGGAUUUAGUGGAGUACUGGGAACAACAGGGUAAGUUCGAGGAACAGGUUAAGGAGACUGGGGAUAAAUUGGAAGAAAACAAACCCGCAGUGAUGGAUGUUAGGAAACUGAAAGAGCAGUUGGAGAAGGCAAAGCUGUUGAAAGCAGGAGUAGAAGAUCUGAAGGCGGAUGUAGACACAGUUAACAAACAAGCUCAGGAUCUGAUCACUGCUGGUCUGGGAUUAGAUUCUGUGGUAGUAAAACAAAUGUCUGACACCGACAAGCAGUGGAAUGACGCCAAGGAUGCUGUAGCCAUGCAGCAAGCUGAGAUCGAAAAGGCUCUGCAAGAAGUUGAAGAGCUACAGGAAGCUUUGCAGAAAGCAGAUCAAGCAAUGACUGAAUCAGAGCAGAAAGUCGAACAGUUACCACCUGUUGGAUCAGAUGUUGACACGAUUAACCAACAACUGGAGGACAUAAAGGAUUUACAGAAGGAAAUUGAUGGAAUUCAAGAUCAACUCGCAGCAAUUAAUGACCUGAAAUCCGAGAUGGCGGCAGCCUACCCAGACGCAAACACAAGUGACAUUGAUAAGGCCAUAAGCGAACUGAACCAACGACUUGUAGCAUUAAAUCAAGAUCUUGGAAACAGACAGACUAAGCUGGAAAGUGCGCUGCUGGCCUGUGGAAAGUUCCAGGAUGCUUUGCAGUCGUUGCUAGACUGGCUGGCAGAGACUCGUGAACUGAUAGAGAAUCAAGGCCCUAUUGCAGCCGCUGACCCAAAUGUGAUGAAGGCUCAAAUGCAAGAACAGAAGCUAUUUACCCGAAUGAUCGCCGAUCGCGCGCCUGCCGUGAAGUCCUUAAAGGAGACUGGGGAGGAGGUUCUAAAAACUGCCGACGAAGAAACUAAGGCACGAAUCGAGGAAGGACUCGAAAACGUAACACGCCAGUGGGAGGAGCUCAAUAAUAUGACGGACGCAAGGAAGAACGCACUGGACGCAGCCAUGGAGGCGGCUGUCAAUUUUGACGGUCUGUUUGGUGACGCUAACAAGAAGAUAGCCACCGCUGAAGAGGAGCUACACGCUCAAAAACUUGGUCAGAAGGCGGAACCUGAAUCCAUAUUAGAGGAGGCCGAACAACUGCAGGCCCUGUGCGAACAAAUCGACAGUUUGGAGUCCCCCGUUCAAGAAGCUUCUCAAGCAGGCGAGGAACUCGUGUCACACUGCACAGAUGACGAUAAGAACCUGGUACGCGACAAAACAAACAAGCUUUCACAGCGUUACCAGACAUUGCGUAACCAGGCAGAUGGAAAGAGGAUAGAGACUGAGGACGCAGCCAAACUUUCAAAGGAUUUCUUCAACGCUAAAGAUCAGUUGAUUGCAUGGUGUGAGGAGACUGCAAGAAAGCUGCAAGAUGCAAAAGGGGAGAGUGAAAAUGUUCAACAGGAGAAACUUCAGGAAAUCCAGCAGGCUUUAUCGUCCAAGGAACCAGAUCUUUCUUCCUGUAAAGAACUUGGUGACGACCUGAAAAAAUAUCUCAUUCAAGAAGAAAAACCGAAAGUGGACCAAGCACAGAGCGAAGUGGACGAAAAAUGGCGCUCUUUGCACGCCGAUGUGGACGAACUGGCCAAGAAAUUGUUUUCAUCACAAGCGCGUGUAGACAGUCACCAGCUUGAAGUGAAUGAGAUGAAGGCGUGGCUAACUGAUACCGAAGGAAAGCUGGCCAAUGUGGAGCCUGUGGGUGUCGAGCCAGAGCAGGUUAAACAACAGUUGGGAACACAGGCGGCCCUUAAUGCAGACGUUACAGCCCAUGAGAAACCCGUUAAAUCUGUGUGCGAGAACGGCGAGGUACUGAUGCCAGUACUUAAGGAUGAGGAACAACAAGCCGUCAAAGACGAUCUCGAAAGCAUUAAGACUCGCUACCAGAAUGUCAAGAAUGACACCUCUGCUCGACAGGCAGCCUUAGUGGAGGCUCUGUUGCUGUCUCAGCAGUUCAGAGACAUUUACAAAGAGGUGGUCACCUGGCUGGAUCGCUGCGAGGAGAACUUCCGUAAGCUGGACGACGAAUCGGUCGCGGAACUUCAACAGGAGAGAAUCAAGUCAAUCCAAGAAGGCAUCACUGCCCUUAAAGUUUUAAUUGGUAAUUUGGAAGAGACUGGAAGCGACCUGGUCAAGUUGAGUGGCCCAGGUGAGGGAUCCAGUACAAUUGAAGAGAAGGUGGCAGCUUGUGUUGAGCGCUAUGAACGACUUCAGCUACAGACAGAGGAACGAGGAAUUAAGAUCGGAAUGACCUUAGCACAAGAAGAAGAACUGCAGAACAGACUGGACGAGUUACAGGCACUGUUAGAAAGGAGAAAAGAAGACUUUGGCAAUCUGAAGCCGAUCAGUGUCAGACCAAACGUUAUUCGUGCACAGAUUGAAGAGCUGAAGGGACUUCAAAAUGAAUUCGAUCCAGAGAAGGAAAUGGUGGAAGAAAUCAGACCGCUGGCGACUGCUGUGGUAAAUGCCAACCCAGAUUCCAAAACAUCAUUGCUCAUGAAAGACAAGAUGAACAAAGUGUCCACGCUUGCAUCCGAUACGCAGACUAUGUAUGACGACAGGCUCAAGGCUCUAGAACUGGCCCUCGAUGCUGGGGACAAAUUUUGGACAGGCUUAGAUGAGAUAAAGAACAUCCUCAAGGACGCGCAGGAUAAUCUGGACUCGGAAGAACCCCCGGCCGCUGACCUUGAGGUGCUGGAGGAGCAGAUUCACGAUCAUCAGGAGCUUCGAACAGAGCUGGAUGCCCACAGUGAAGCAGUGAAUGUGUUGUGUGAAGCAAGUCCUGUUCUCGUAGCGCACUGUAGUACAGGCGACAAGGUGCUGGUACAAACAGAACUCUCCAAGGUCAGCAAACAGUGGGCAGAUAUCGAGAAGGCCUGGAACAAGAGAGAAGCUGACAUGCAAGAAGUGAAGGAAACAGCUACUCAGUAUCACAAUACCCAUGAUCCCUUGCUGGCUAAGUUGACAGAUUUAGACCAAAGGCUAGCCAAGCAGCCGCCCGUGGGGACUGAGUUGAGUAUCGUCAAAGAACAACUAAAAGAGCAGAAGGACUUCCAUAAAGAACUGACACCAUUGCAAAUCGAUGUGACAGCUGUCAACCAGAAGGGUACAAUUCUAAGUGAACAGUGUCGUCCGGAGGAUGCAGAUCUGAUUGCAGCACAGCUAGAGGAUUUGAAUACUCGAUGGGAUGACUUGUGUCUUCAUUCCGGUGAAAGGCAACAGACAAUUGAAGGUGCUCUGUUACAACUAGGACAGUUCCAACUGGCCUUAGAAGAGCUUCUGGUUUGGGUCAAACAGACCAAUGCCACUUUGGAUGAGCAGCUGGCAAGGGAUGUUCAGGGAGAUGUUAAGUUUAUCGAGGUUGAAAAAGCCAAACACAAGAUUCUAGACAAUGACAUCUUGGCCCACGAACCAUCUGUGGAAUCCGUGACGCGCGCGGCCUCCUCCCUGCUGAUGGAAAAUGGAGACAGCAAGUUGGAUAGUGGUUCCCUGCAGAUGAAGAUGACGGAACUACAGGACGGCUGGCAGGAGGUGUUAGACAAGGCAGCCCGCCUGGACGCCCACCUCGCAGCUGCCCUUAGCGCAUCUCAUGACGUCAUGGACCAGAUGAAGGAACUGAGAACUUGGCUUAAGGAGGGACGUGACUUCCUUGACUCCAGGAGACAAAUAGGAGGACGACCUGAGAGUGCUCGCAACCAAUUGACCAAAUAUAAGGACUUCUUAGACGUACUUGAAAAACGUAAGGAAACCUACCAACGUAUCACCGAAGCCGUCCAAGCCAUGAUAAAGAACAGCGACCCUACUACGGCAGCCCCGCUUCAAAGGCAGUCGGAUGAAUUGACAGAAGCUUGGGAACAAGUGAGCACUAAGGCUGACGAGGAAGGCCGUAAGUUGGAUGACGCGCUCAAGAAUGCAGUGGAAUUAGAGAAAGAAAUCACAGAUAUGGACUCUUGGCUCACGCGGGUUCAUGAUCAAAUAGUGUCAUUUGAUAAUGUCAGCUGUAUUCUGGACGUUUUGGAAAAGCAACGACAGGAAUACAAGGAUCUCAAAGAAGAUAUUGACGCCCACCGUGAUCCGUUCAAACAACUCAAGGUAUUAGCGUUUAAGAUCACAGAUGUGUGCAUCCAGGAGGACGUGACUUACAUCGAUAAUACGAUCCGUGUCUUGGACGCUCGCUGGAAAGAACUGACUGAUCUGUCUUCGGGCAGAAGGAAAGAUCUCGACGAAAAUUAUAAGCUGUCACAGAAGUUCUUCAGAGGUGCUGAGGAAUUACUGAAGAUGUUAGACGAAGCUGAGAAGAGCCUCAAAGACGAGGAGGCUAUUGGAGUGGAUCCCGCCCACCUCAGGACCCAACUCAAAAAGCACAAGGAGUUCCAAUCCAUGCUCGGUGCCAACCAAACAUCAAUGGAUGGAAUCAUUAAGACGGGUAAAGUGUUGAUGGAGAAGAGUCCCGAAGAUGACGCCAUUAUCAUCGAAGGAAAGAUAGCUGACCUCAAGGCACGAUGGGACGCCAUCUGUGCACUAUCAGUGGAAAGACAACAAAAACUAGAAGAAGCUCUCCUCUUCACUGGCAUGUUCCAGGAUGCCUUGCAGUCGUUGCUUGACUGGCUCGGUGCAGUGGAGCCCAGUCUUUCCACUGAAACUGCCGUCAUGGGUGACCCUGAAACUGUACAGAUUUUAAUUGACAAUCACACGACCUUCCAUCGUGAGCUCGGACGCCGCCAAGCAAAUUACGACUCGGUAAUGAAUGCAGGAAGGACAAUGAUCAAUGAGAAUAAAGUGGAAGACCCGAAAAAACUGGAAGAGAGGCUCGAUGACUUGCGCAUGCGUUGGGAAGCCAUCAGCGCCCUAGCUAACACUAAACAAGACAGACUCGACAACGCUCUCGUUUUGGCGAAGGAGUUUGACACUGCCGUCAAGACGGAGUUACGCAUAUUGAAAGACUUCGAGGAGACGCUGAGGGAACUGGGUCCCAUUGCCGACGACUUAGAGACUAUUGCCGAUCAACUGAGCGAACACAAGGUUUUCCACGAAGAACUUAUGGCAGAAGAAGUGAACGUUCAAUCAGCCAUCAAGAAGGGCCAAGUGAUUGCACGAUUCUGUCAUCCAAGCGCGCUGCCAAUCAUACAGCAAUGGAUUGCAAGAUUAAAGAAACGAUGGGAUGAGGUUCGCAAAUGGUCAGUUCAAAGAUUGACCCGCCUGGAGGAAGAACAAUCCAAGCUGGCAGAGGAACAGAGCAUGAUGGAAGAACUGCUGCAGUGGAUCGGAGAGAAGGAAGAAAUCCUGAUCGAAAAGGAAAAUGAGCCUAUCCCUGACGAUGACUACGAGCAAGUCAUGAAACUUCUGGAAGACCACAAAGGUUUCCAGGAAGAAAUGGCGAAAAAACAACCAACCUACGACAGACUAACCAAGUCGGUCAAACGACGCGGUUCUGGAACGCCUGCCGCUGUUUCUGGUACCCCAGUUCAAACCCAGGCCACUCCGGACAAGCAAGGUCGGCGUGGAAGCAGAAUCCCCAAACUAACCUCCAGUCCUUCUUCGUCCUUCACACGCGAACGGUCGCGUGAGAAGUUAACGCUGGUCACCAGCCCGGGUUCCUCGUUUACUCGGUCUGGUUCCACUACACUCGAUAAAAAUCAUCCAGCUUUACUGCACUUGUCCAAACGAUGGCAGCAUUUGUGGCUUCUUUCGAUGGAGAGGCUGCGACGUCUUCAGGAGAAGUUGGAACGAAUUGCCAUCAGACAAGCCUCGGCGAAGUUUGACUUCAACGAGUGGAAGAGUAGGUUUAACAAGUGGCUGCGUGAUAGCAAGUCACGCGUGCUCGACAUCUUUCGCCGCAUGGAUCAAGAUCGAGAUGGCAAGCUGACCAGAGAGCAGUUUAUCUCAGGAGUACUUAGCACAAGUUUCCCAACAGAAAGAUGGGAGAUGGAAAUAGUCGCCAGUAAAUUUGAACGUGAUGGACUAAUCGACUACAAAGAAUUCGUGGACUCGCUUAAGGAUAAAAAACCAACUAAAAAGCCAGAGAAGCCCAAGACUGAAGCACAACAGAUUCUGUCUGAAGUUGAGCGCCUGUGUCGCAAGUGCGGCGUGGCAUUUGUCAAAGUGGCCGAGAACAAGUACAGGUUCGGUGACUCCCAGAAGUUGCGUCUUGUUCGUAUCCUCCGCAGCACUGUCAUGGUGCGAGUCGGAGGAGGUUGGGAGACACUGGAAGAAUUCCUUCAAAAGAACGAACCCAGCAAAGCUGCUGGUCGAACAAAUGUAGAACUUAGAGAACAAUUGUCAAGACCUGAAGGCGUCACACAGACCAUGGGAGCCUUCACAAGCAAACGACACUCGGAACACAAGUCAACGGUGGUCACGGAUAAACCGCCCACGGGUCUCGGUCGAAAACCUAGGCUUGACGUUCCAAGUAGUGGUUAUGGCAUCCGUCGGGAGAAAUCCGGCGAACUUCGGCCUCGUCGUGAAAAGUCGGGAGAACUUCGACCACCAAGUGGUCCGACCAAACAGAGAAGCGGAACAAAUCUGAAGGGAACGGCCGAAAAGCCCCCCUCUGCGAAGAGACCUAGUGGCACAUCAAGGGUUAGGAAAACUGAUAGUCAAACAUCGCUUGGCAGUACGGGAUCGCUUGAGGAUUCUUCGGAGGGCACUUCACCUCGGGUAUCCUCGGGAAUCCCAUCAAGCCCAAGCAGCACCUCGUCCCGCGGGUCUCCGGAUCGUCCAGGUUCGGCUGCGUCGAAGUCGGCCACUAGAUCGACUGGAAUGGCAAGAACCGGUAGUCGGGAAAAUGUGCGAGGUAGCAGGGAGAGUCUUCAUAAACCCAUAGAAGGAACGCCGAAAAGUUCUGGGGUUUCUAAAAGUACAACAAGAAGCCCUGGAGCAACCAAGUUAAAGAACGGGGAAGAGAAGAAAGGUCCGAAGAAGUAAAGGGUAGUUAAAAAAAAAAACUUUUUUCAAAUCAUUUUUGUUUUUGGAGUGAAACGAAGCGAAUUUGAAUAGAUAGAGCGAAUUAAUAGGUAGUCUUAAAAUUAAAGUUUUUUUUGUCUUCAUUAAGCUAGGAAAUUAUUUAAUAUAAUGCUCUUAAGAGAGUCAAAGUUAAUUAUGUGGUAUGAUAAUAGUUUCAUUUAAUUCGUUUAUAUGAAAAGCUAGCAACCACCACAGACAUGCAAUCGUUCUAUCUCUUAAACAUCAUUUUUUCUAAUUUUGCUAAAAAAAACCGUCAUUUUUGUAUUGGGAACUUUUUUAUAAAACACUUCCAUUUGCUCGCAGGCAAUAAAAGCUUUUCAUUGAGUGCAUUACAAUGCUCAGGUCAUUUCGCCUGUAAUAUAGUUCUUUAGGAAUGUGCGUGUAAACUAAGUUAAACAUGUUUAGGACGAUAAUAUUUCUUGAAUAAGUGUAGAGUUUGUUUGUGAAUCUUCAAGAAACUAUUUAAGUAGAGAUUAAUAUUGUCGAUUUGCAUAUUUGCCAUGAACUGUUACCAUUUGAAGCCAUUUAAUACAGAGAGUACAGCUUCCAAACUCUCUCGAUACAGUGGCUUGUAUGUUUUUGUGAAUGCUAAGUAAAAGCUGUGAACAUUUUGUAAGAAUUAAAUUAAAGGUAAUUUUCUGAC